UUUCCAUUAGCAUUUAGCAGUCCUCUUGUCCCGGCUACAACACGGAAGUUGACUGCACUCUUCUCGCCACCAUGGCUGCUCGCCUACCACGCUUCCCCGUCCUCCUCUUCGUCUUCCUCGCCGUCCAUAUCGCCGCCGCCCAUGGCGACCCUGCUCCGCUCCCGACCACCUACGACGGUUCCAUGUGCCCGGAAUCGUCCAGCUGCGGCAACGUAUCUAUCAGAUAUCCCUUCUACCUCUCCAGCACAACCAGAAACAUCACCGAUUACAAUACAUCCUACUCCUGCGGCUACACCGACCUGGAGAUCUUCUGCCAGGACGAGGGUCCGACCGGGACGCCGGUUAUCUUUCUCGGCGGUGACAAGUACACCAUUCUGAACAUCGACUACGACAGCAAAACCAUCAUCCUGGCGGACAGCGACGUGCUCCUCGGCGGCAGCUGCCCCGCAGUCCGCCACGGCGUCAGCUUCAACAAGAUGUGGCUGCACAACACCAGCUCCAACGACAACCUCACCUUCUACUUCAACUGCUACUCAACACGCGGUCAUGAUGAGGUGCCGCCGCCUGACCUGGUCACAUACGAGAUCGGCUGCAACCUCAAGAGCCCGUAUGCCGAUGGAGCUUCCUUCGUCUUUACACCUGACGAUCAUGAUAAAGCCAAAGAGCACGCGCUGGAUCAGGAUGGGCGUUGCAAGGAAGUCGUCUCCGUGCCAGUGAGGAGCGAGGUUCUGAUGGCAAGGAACCAGUCCGUGCUUGUGACGGGCGGAUACGCUGAGGUGCUUUGGUACGGGUUCGAGUUGGAAUGGAACCGAGCAACAACGGAUCAGUGUGAUUUGUGCGAGCAGGGCGGCGGGAAGUGCGCCUACAGCCAGAAGAGGGAAUUCACGGGCUGCUUGUGCUCCAACGCCAAGGUGGGCCACCCGGAUUGCAGACCAAGAAAUAUUGUUACAAGCACUUCGGCCCUUCUAUUUCUGUGCCUUGCGUUCUUCUUGACUCACAAAUAUGAUGCCAGGGCGUGAUUUCAGCCGAAAUUUGGAAAAAAAAAUUUGGGGGAAGGUGGGAAGCAUAGGCUCUGGAUACCAAAUGUUAUGGGAGCGCUAGGAAUUUGGGGAGAGAACUAGCAUUCAAAGGGAGAAAGAAUUCAGAGCAGAGGAAGAACGAUAGAGAAAUAAGUGGUGGCGGGUUCAUUCAUCCGAUCGAUCCCAGACACCAACGAGAUGCCGGCUUAAGGGCAUGUUUGGUUGUACGACUAAAGUGUUAAAAAUUACCAUAUAUUUUCUGCCACAUCUAGCUAAGGUUAGACGCUGAAAUUCUGCGCCACAUCUUGGCAUGCCUAAGAGAAUCUUGCCACACUUUUAUUGGUCAUUGACGAGUGAGACCUACACAGUAGAAGAAAAAUCUUACCACAAAUGUGGAUACAAACCAAACACACGCCUAACUCGAUCAAACCUGCCUAACCUUAGUCGUGACAAGCCGUGGCAACAGCGAACCAAACAUGCGCUAAAGCCCCUUCCCGGCCACAUGCCGAUCGGGUGACAACUCAGCACGUUCUGGGCCGGUUUGGGCUCUGCCCGACAGAAAUACCGGCCCAAGUACAUAUAGGUAAAGUACUUAGCAUAAGUAGUAUAUACCAUUACUGGCGGACGCCCGAGCCGGACGACGGGCAGCGACGGGUGUGCGCCGGCGGCCGCACAACAGUCAUAGGCGACGGGACAGGGGUCUACACCAAGUAGAGGCGACCGAUGGGGCACGGAGGCCGGCCGGUAGCGAGCGCUCAGCGGCAGUCCAUCGCGCCGCAGCGCGGAGAGCAUGCGACGGCGGGCGAGCUCACGGCCGCGGGGAGAGCGCGUCGAGGCAGGGAGGUGGCUGAGCAUGUUCAGGAGCUUGUACCAAUCGAUGAGGAAGAAAUAAACUUAACGGUAUGCAGCUGUGGGCCCAUGCAGUCAGUGAGCCAAAUUUAACGGCUUGUGAUGGAAAUGGUACGGAAGGGAGUGCAAAUUUCAAGUAGUGGCAGUUAGGGGGUGUGAAAAAUUUUAAAGGCCAAUUCCCUGUAUGGUUGUAUGCCAUUGAAAUUUGAUCCACUCCCUUGUGUGCUA